CUUGGGCGCGCGUUAUAUGUGCCAUUACAAAAUACACUGUAUAAUAAUCAUGCUCAAGUAUUGUGCGUAUUGAGUAAUGUGUAGGUCUACGUGUGGCAUCUAAAUUCUGACCUCGUUCUAGUGGUGCAUGAGUAUCGGGGAAAAUGGCGUCGAAAUCAAAGAGGCUCAACUUUUCGGUGUUGGAGAGAGACAUUUUAUUGCGUCUGAUCGAGAAAAACAUCGAGAUCGUCGAGUCGAAGAAAAACGACGGCUUGACGGUGAGGCGAAAGGAUGCGGCCUGGGCUCGGAUAGUGGCCGCCUUCAACGCUGAGCACGAUGUGGUGAAACGGACGCAUCGUCAGCUACGGAAAUACUGGAAUAACCUCAAGAUGCGGGCCAAGAAAUCUACAGCCGUCAACGGGUAUUCCACGCUCAAGUUGCCCACGGCCAAAUCACCAGCCGCGAGUUCGACAAAACCUACCGGUGCGGCUUCCUCGUGGAACAGUUGCGGUGUCAAAACCACCGGAGGGACGGCCAAUGACCGAGUCGGCCUUGCACAGGUUGCAUGCGCGAAUACCCUCGCAGACGGGAUCCUGUUAUCAUCGCUAGUGCCUAUAGUGGUCAAAAAUGAACCGAAUGAUCCAUGGUCACCCCUCCAGGGGCAUCAGAAUCAGUGGGAGCAACCACAGCAGCAGCAACCACAACAACAACCGCAGCAACAGGAGCUGGAGAGAGAUGCAGCAGAGCACUUCUCCCCGGUACUCGAGGCAGGCCCGGAUGAAGAUGAGGCAGAGGCUUACUCUGAUGGGAGAAGCAACGGUGAAGUGGAAAACGGGGAUGGAGAGUAUGGCGACAUUCUUGAUUCGGAUGCCGAAGAUAUGGGAGAAGUUUUUGGAUGCGAAAGUGACAGUGAUUUCAGACACGAAACAGCCGACGGUCAUCCUGAAACGAACUGCGACUCCAGCCCCGGCCAACAGCAGUGGACGUCGGUGGACUACGCACGAAGCGAGCACGAGGCCAAGAUGGCCUUGCUAGCCAUCCAGAUGGAGACGGCCCACGAGCAGCGACAGCUGGCCCGCGAGAUACGUGAACAGACACGGAAGCGGUUCCGACUGGAGAUCCAGGUGCUGGAGGAGAAGAGAAGAUAUCGGAGGAUGAAGAUGAAGGCUCUAUAUCCUCAGGGACACUCAAUGUUACCCUGUACCCACGAACCUGGCGGAGACCUGGCAUCCGAAAAGACGGUUGACUGUGGUAAGGCGCCACCACCGGACAAACAAACAUCUGCGUCUAGACACUGUCAGAACGCAGAGCAAGCAGUGGUCAAAGCAACAUAGUUAACACUUAAGUGCUGUUCAGUUAUCAAAACAAUGUUGCUGUCUUUGCAAGAGGUUCUUGACGCCCAAUCAGUGUGUAUAUAAACGUAAUGUACCUGCGAACAGCAAGAGAUCAAAAGGAGAGCUUUCUCACUGUGUACCUGUGGAAAAUGCAUUUAUUAGCCAGCAUGUUCACGGCUGGCCUGAACAGAUUUUAAGUUUACCAAGGUGAGGAACACGACGUUGCAAGAGGACUGUUGAUGUGGCAACGUGUGCCCAAAGUGUCGAAGCUGUAUUAUCAUGUUUUACGGAAGCCUACUUCGGUGGAUCUAUAAGAAAAGUUGUUGGGUUCAGGCUACAAAAGGAGUAAGGAAUCUGCGAGGGUUCCUGAACACAUUGCAAUAAAAUAAAAUGAACACUGAAAACUGGUGCGUUCUACGUACUGCCGACAUCUCAUUAAGAAAAAUCAAAACCUUGUUUCAACGUUCUCCAUCUUCCGGUCGUGACCGUAUAACACUUUGUCAUAUUUUAAAGAAAGAUUUUUUCCGUGUAAGUCCGCAUCAAACUAAAUAGCCUCUUCGAGUCCUGAAAACAAAAUGUUUGUCCCAAAGAGAUUUGGCGACAGUCAGGCGUCCGUUUCAGACACAUUAUCUCCUACGCUGGAAUUUUUAAAGUUUGCCAUAAGUAAUGACGAUAAAAUCUCAACACACGGCAUUGUACUGCAGCUUUAGGGAUAUCAGCGCGAAUCAAUUUGCAUGGAAUUGGUUUUGUUCAUUCCAUAUAGAGCCAGCUUUGUUAUAAUCCUUUGUGCUUCCCGUGAUAAACACCAGCAUACAGUGGCAUUAUCACAAUCAUUACAAAUGCAGUCGUUUCAAUUGUGAGCCCAAUAAUUCUAAACAGUCCUGUUUAUUCAUUCCCGAUUUCCAUAAGCCUUAUUUGCACACCGAUUUGUAAAAACACCAAAUUAAUUUGUCAGUCUAAAUUAAAUGGCCAAAUUUCACUGAGGAAAAUAAGUAACGUAUGCGUCAUUAAUUCAAAUUCUUAUUUUCCUCCUUUGCCUCGGAAA